CAACUGGUAGCCAAUAUAAUCCAGUUGGGUAUAGUUCGUCGCAUAGUGAAAACGUAAUUUAUCUGUGUUCAUUAUUGGUUUGGAAACUAGUCCAAUAAGAAAAAUUAAACAUGUUCAAGUAAUUUGCAAGUGUCAUAGCGCAAUAUGAGUACUUGUUUGCAAACAAUAAAAUUGUGUAAAGUUUAAAGAAUUAAUUAACGUUUCGUUAUACCUUUAAAGUGUGCCAGAGAAUUGUCUACUCAGUUCAAUCAUUGCACAGGUGUUUGUGUAUAAGUUAUUCUCCUUUGGUAGCGUUUAUAUUUUACAGUGUGAUGAUUUGGAAGUGAUUUACCUUUACAGAAUACCAACAAAUACAAAAAACUGGUUCCUGUUUGUAGAUGGACGCUAUAAUGCUGAACUAUCCAAUGCUGGUUAUAAUAAUAAUAAUAAUAUGUUGCGUGAGCGCAAUAGAAUCACAAUCGAAUUAUGAUUCGCAUGCAAAUUACAUCGAAUAUCAUGGACAAGGAUUGCCAGAGGAAGCAACUUUGGAUGGAAAGGUUACGAAACUUGAUGAUCUCAGUCCCAUUAUAUACCUUAACCGAACUAAAGCGGCCUUGAACUGUGCGGCCGGUUCUAUGCAAGUAGAGCUAAAGUUUAACGAAAAAUUCUACGGCACCGCUUACGCUAAUUUUGAUAGAAACAGUGUUUGUCAAAUUGCUGGAAAAGGAGAUACGCGUUACAGCAUUGAAUUACCUUUGAAAGGUUGUGGAACUGAACAGGAACCGCAACGUGUGUUUACCAACAAUAUUGUUGUGCGUUUUCAUCCGGGACUCGAGAUGGAUGGAGAUGAGAUUAUCACUAUAGUUUGCCGCUAUCCACCCCCUGUGGCACCCAUUCCUGCUAGCUUACCACCCUCAACAUCAAAGCGAUUGACUGAUAUAGUGCCGGCGUCAAUACUAGAACCACCACUCAAAGGAAUUCAAAUAUUGUUUGUUAUUUGUGCUAUUAUGUUCCUUACGUUAUUGUUGAUUGGGUUAGGGGUUUCCUAUUACUGCUUGCGCCGACAUCCAAUACCAACUGUCAGAAGAGUUCUACACGUUGGAAGCGGGUCUGAGAUAACAGCAGUCGAAACUGGAAGUAUAGGCAGCAUAUCAGGAUUGAAGUUGCCACAUGCACAUGUCGCUUUGCAACAGGCUCACAGUAUCUCUGGAAGUGAAGGCCCACUGAUUCCAUCUGAUUACCCAAGUGAAUCGCAGUCAGAGAAUGAAGAACUUGACACUGGAUCCUUACCCGUUAGUUCACAAGGCAGCUAUGAAAAUGGAGCUUUUAUUCAGGAUACAUCUAGUAUUCAUAGUGAGAAUUACUGCCACACAAAAGAGAUUCGAGCUGUGCCACAUUGUGAAGCUUCUCCCAAGUUCGAUAUUCAUGUGCGAGUUAAACGAAUUCCACCCCCAUUGACGUCAACACUAACAUCCGACAGCGAUAGUAGUACCACAAUCAACCGAAUCGAACGAAACAAUCUUUCAACUAUUCUGGAAUCAACUGAAGAUGCUAGAAGCGACAGUAUACUGACUCUAGAACCAUUACAAGAAGAAGAACACAUCCAGUUUAGCUACAAACCAGAAUUGCACUCAGCUCCUAAUCUCAUCAUGUCGUCACCAUCCCUUCCCAAACUAGCUUCGCAGCAUCACAUUCAACACAAUGCUUGGUCAGACAAUUAUACGAACGGACAACAUGGAUCUUCAACUCGUAGCAUUAUUUCACUAGGCACUGAGAUUACAGAUACGCAUUCCCUGACUGAAAUUAUUGAUUCCUCACACUUAUAUCCAAUAACUUAUCACGAUGUUGUCGACAUGCAGCACAAUGAAAACCUUCUUGAAUCUAACGUAAGCGCAGUAAAACAGAAUAAAAUUUCAUCUCAUGUUGUAGAUGACGUUUUUAUGCAAACAGUCACCGAGAAAACAACUGUCGAAGAUAUUGAGAGACACCAACGAAUGAUCACAGAGUAUAGAGCGAAACCCACAGUUGGCACAAAUUGGGCUAUUACCAUACGGAAUUAUCACGAAAAUCGCGCACCAGAAUGGGAAGACUUUUCAGAUACAUCGAGCGCAACCGGAAUAACAUUACAUCGGCAAGUGCCUACCCAAACGAAUAUACCAAGCUCAACGUACUUAUCCGAAAAUGGUGUGUCACUUCAUAGUCCGGAAAUGGUAUGUAAUAUGAAGCCUAUAGAGCUUCCGUUAGAAGAAAAGACUAUUUCCAAUUGGGAUGUUCUCAUCCGCGUGCUACAAGACGUUGAAAUCCCAGAUAUACCUAUUACAACUCUAGAACUGCAAAACAGCUGUGCAUCGAUACCAUUGGUUGGACAACUGAGUUAUGAUGACAAAGCAAAAUGGAAGGAAAUUAUUACUACUGAAUCAACUCUAAGAACUAUGCUGACCGAAGCCGUCGUUCGAGAAGACUUUGAAAGAAUUCGUACCGAUGCCCGUUAUGAGAAACUGUUCGAGCCUCAAUCUUGGGAAAUUAUAAUGCGCAUACUAGCUCCUCCAGAUGACACUGAAUUUAGGAAAACGAAAAAAAAGAAACGCGAAACAUGGGAUACGCGGUCUCGCAGAAGCUCACUGCCGACUUUAUAUGAAUACGAUAGCGAUGGAAGAUCAUCUGUUCGAACAAUUACACAAGAACCCAUUGUUGUGACAAGGCAGAAUAGAGAUAUUUACAACAGUUCAAAACCUCGCUCCAGAAAAACUUCCCGCUCUUCAUAUAGCUCAAAUAAUGUUGACUACCGUUCUUUGACAGAGGUAAUGGUUGACUUUGCUAAACCUAGAUACCCGGAGAAUUAUUCCGAAGGAAGCUCUUACUCUGCAAGGCAAUACUACGAAGAUUACGAGCAUCGAUCGAUGCAACAUUCUUCUAGCCAGCCAAGUCUUGUUAGGUCUGCUAGUGAAUUUACAGAACAGUGGAUUGCUCCUGAUAAUUACUCGUCCACGUUUAACGUAAGCCCACAGUUGAGUCAGCGUGAACGAAAUGUGAUGAUCGAAUCUCAUAUCGGAAAAAAACCACAAGUUGUUCCUAAAUAUGUUGAAACCAUAAAAACGAACCGCAGAUCUAAUGCUGAUGGGUGGUGAAAAAUAUUUACGAAAGUGGUGAAAAAUAUUUUAAAAUAGAAAAUUAACAUCAAAGUUAUCGAAAUGUGCCAAUAGCUAUAUGCAGUUUUUUAUCUAAUUUUAACAUUUAAAGAGCGAUUCGCAGACAUCUUAUACUGAAUUAUAUGUACUAACACAAAAUCAAACGAAACAUUCUUCGCAGUUGAACUAGCUGCGACAUAUAAGGCAGCAUUUUAUUGAGUUACUACUUAUUAUGUUGUAACGACAUUCAAUUAGUAAGAGACUUGAAGGUGUGAAGAUUUCUUAAAAAUUAAGAGCCGUAGUACGCAAGGGGGAGCAAGUAAAUGAAGGGAGAAAGUUUACGGGCAAGCUUAGAGUAUUGCGACGACUUAACCCUUUAUCUUCUACCACAGGAGUUUUUAGCAUUUAUUAAAUGCGAGUCACCUGAGUCUGCGGCAUGCUCGGACAAGUUGAAGCGACUUAGUACUACGCUGUCGGUACUUAUUUGUAUUAAAAAAAAUUCGCCUUCAAGUCCCUUGCAAAUUAUAUGUCGGCGCAACAUAAAAAGAAAAAGUUUGACUUACUUAUAGUCAAUAAUAUGAACAGAAAAAGUUUUUAUUUAAUAAAUUAACGCUUUCAAAUUUGCUGUUAGCUUAGCUUCACUACUCUCUAAGGAUACGACGAUUUUCGCUUAUUACUUGCUUUUGUUGUAACUUCGAUUAACCUUUUAAUAUCAUUGAAGAAGCAGGAAUAAAUGUUACUAGCUUUAAUUGUAGUGAACGAAAUAACACAAUGUUUGAACUCUCGCCCAAAAGUGUGCCGAUUUUUUUUACUAAAUACCGAAAUAUGUAUGCUUUCUACAAAUAAAGCAAAGCAAAUCUUGAAA